GACGCUUCGGAGUUCGAAGGAUGAACAUCUGAAAAUGAUUCUUUUGCUUUUACUGUAAGAAAAAAUACAUGAAGAUUCUGUGUGAUGUCUGUGAAAAUGCGGAAGCGGUGGUGUUCUGCACGGCGGACGAGGCGGCGCUCUGUAAUUUAUGCGAUCACCGUGUCCACAAUGCUAAUAAGCUCGCUUCGAAGCACCGCCGCUUUUCUCUGCUCCGCUCUGAUGCGGCGGAGGCCCCCGUCUGCGAUGUGUGCCGGGAGCGGCGAGGGUUCUUGUUCUGUCAGCAGGAUAGAGCGAUUCUGUGUAGAGAAUGCGAUGAUCCAAUUCAUUCGGCCAACGAACUCACUAUGAAGCACGAUAGGUUUCUUCAGAUUGGGAUUAAGCUUUCCGCCACCGCUACUCUGUACGAACCGCCUCCCUCCGGGGAGAAACUGAUCGGGAGUGGUGGUUGUGUUGUUUCUAAAUCGAAGUUAAAGGGCUCUGUCAAGAAGGCGGCUGCUGUUUCUAGUGCUCCAACGGUAUGCACAACAAGUGUUUGUGUAAAUGCCCCAACGAACUUAACUCCGACGACAGCCGUGAAUGAGGGCGGCGGAGGUCAGAUUGCGACUGAGGGCGGUGGAUCAGCUAGUAGCAUAUCGGAAUAUUUGAUGGAGACGCUUCCUGGGUGGCCAUUUGAAGAGUUUCUUGAGUUUGAAGGGGUGGGGUUUCCAUUGUCAUCAUGGGAAGGCUUGGAGCCUUGGGUCCCUCAGGGGCCACCAGCGGCGCUGUUUGGGUUGAAGGACACGAAGGCAUUGGUAGUGAAUUCAUCAAAAGUGAAUAGAGUGUGGACAGACGAUGGUUUCACUGUGCCACAGAUUAUUAGUACAACCCCAUCUGCAGGGUUUAAGGGGUCCAGACCUUUUUCAUAAUUAACCAACAACACUUCCAUUCCUUAUUGCCAUUUUCUUCUCUCCUCUUCGCUCUCUGAUCUGGUUUCUUCUUCUUCUUCUUCUUCUUCUUCUUCUGGGUUCUACUUUUUGUUUCAAGUUUCUUCUGUAAUUUAAUGGGUUUCUUUUACAUUUUGUUUAGGUUUCACCUGUUCUUUAAUGGGUACAUUCUUCUUCUUCUGGUUUCUGUUAGUUUUUAAAAAACCAAAAAUGGUUCAGCUGUAAUAUAAUGGGUUCUUCUUC